GGCGUCUGGAAGAAAGCAGUCUCUUGGGUAUUUCAGCACCUAGGCAGGAACAGUGGGGCAUUCCUAGUGCCGGUCCCGGGGGCGGCUGGCGCAGAAAGCUCUGGCUUCCACGCGGCGCCCGGGUCGCGCGGUCACUCUCCAGGUGCUCCUUGCUGGAUCCCUGGGUCCGGGCCCCGCCGCCGCGCCCCGCCCCGCUCUGUUCCCACCGCCUCGCUGCCGGGCUGCCGGGCUUUGUGGUUCGUCCGUGCGGCUGGGCCCCUGCUGGGGGUGUCGUUACGAGCAUGUGCAGACGGCAGCCCAAGCCUUCAGGAUAAUUCCUUCAGCAGCAGCGCUGUAACGGAGUGUGACGAAGACAGACUCUCUCUACAUGAAGACCAGACUGAUUGCUCCAGUCUCAGACCUCAGACCAAGAAAAAGUUGAUGCCACCAAAGAGAGGAAGUGGCUUACUGGAAAGCCAACAGAGAGGAGAGAGAAUAGUUGGAGUCAAAGGAACAGCAAGCAGUUCGGGAAAGGGGGUGAAGAGGCAAAGGGUGAUAAGAAGUGAAGAGAUGAAAGCAACAAGGAGAAUUACCCCGGCGGCGCGGCUGUGGUAGAGGAGCACGGGGCGGCGCAGCAUGUAGACAGGACCGUGCUGGUGGACGGCGUGCUGCGGGCCGGCAUGGGCAACUUCAAGUCCCGCAAGCCCAAGGCCAUCCUCAAAGCCGACAGCGGGAGGAGCCGCGGAGAGAGUCAGGAGGCGGAGCAGGUGGUGCCCAGCCAGUCGGAGUGUCAGGGGAGAGCAGGAACGCCAGCUUAUGAGAGUCCACAAAACAACACCUUCAGGUGCCAAGAAACAGUGCGACUUCAACCAAGAAUAGACCAGAGGGCUGCCAUUUGGCCAAAGGAUGCUUUGGAAACUCAGCAGGAUUUAAAUGAGAAUUCCUUGCUGAAGCUCCAAGCCCUCGAGUCUGAUCUGUGCUCUGCAUUUUUGACAAACCAGGAAGAAGUUGCUCAGGUGCCUGGAGUCAAGGACCCGGUCCCAGCUUCAACACAGAGUGUGCCUGUCGAGGGGUCGGAUUCUGCAGACCCCGUGCCAGUCCACAAAGAUGGGCAGAAUGAAGCUGACAGUGCAGCAGAAGACCUCCAGUCUGUCGGGACCAGCAGGCUGCUCUAUCACAUCACUGAUGGCGACAACCCACUGCUGUCGCCACGAUGCUCUAUCUUCAGUCAAAGCCAGAGGUUCAACUUAGACCCCGAGUCAGCCCCUUCUCCUCCCAGCACGCAGCAGUUUAUGAUGCCCCGGAGUUCUUCCCGAUGCAGCUGUGGUGAUGGCAAGGAGCCACAGACCAUUACCCAACUCACCAAGCACAUCCAGAGCCUCAAGCGGAAAAUUCGGAAAUUUGAAGAAAAAUUUGAACAAGAAAAGAAAUACCGGCCUUCACAUGGUGACAAGACUUCUAAUCCUGAAGUCCUGAAGUGGAUGAAUGAUUUGGCUAAAGGUCGUAAACAGCUCAAAGAACUAAAGCUGAAGCUGUCAGAACAAGGGACUGCUCCCAAAGGUCCACCUAGAAACCUGCCCUGUGAGCAACCCACAGUCUCUAGAGAGAAUGGGAAGACAGAAGCUGCAGGCCCUGAGCCAAGCUCCUCUGGAGAGGAGACUCCGGAUGCUGUGUUGAUGUGCCUGAAGGAGAAGAGAGAGCAGUUUCCCCACCAGGAGGAUUCUAAGGUAACUAAGCAGGACAAGAACCUCAUAAAACCUCUUUAUGACAGAUACAGAAUUAUCAAGCAAAUCUUGUCAACGCCUUCUCUUAUUCCAACAAUUCAGGAGGAAGAGGACUCAGAUGAAGACUGUCCUGAGCAAAGCCAACAAUCUUCUUUGCCAGGCCCGGCAUCUCAUCUUACUAUUGGCGAUCACGUCACCUACUCUAAUGAGGCUGAGCCUGUUAGGGUGUUGCUACCAGAUGAAAAGAAAGAAGUGAAACAACCAGCUCUUUCCAUGUCCAAUUUACAUGAAGCCACCAUGCCUGUACUUCUAGACCAUCUCCGAGAAACUAGGGCUGACAAGAAGAGACUGCGGAAAGCAUUAAGAGAAUUUGAAGAACAGUUUUUUAAACAAACAGGAAGAAGUCCACAAAAGGAAGACAAGAUACCAAUGGCAGAUGAGUACUAUGAAUACAAGCACAUAAAAGCGAAACUGAGACUAUUAGAGGUCCUUAUCAGCAAGCAAGAUGUGGCCAAAACUAUUUGAGGUUCAGGAAAUGUUUAUGAUCACCUUCAUCUAAGAUAAAGUCAAGUGUAUUUUCCUCUGCCAUUCUUGCUAAGUAGUUCUGACAUAACAAAAAUGGAAGCACUUUAGUGGUAGUAUUAGCUGUUUUUAAGAAAGGAUAGCGGGUGUAAUUAUAUACGAGGAAGGAUUUAAAUGGGGGAAAAAUUCAACAGGUAACCAUGUAAUUGUAAAAAAAAAUUCAGCCUCCUCCAUGCCAAGGAGAAAACUCAUAUUCAAUAUAAUUAUUUCAAAAACAUCUAAUAUUUUAUCAAACAUAAAUAACGCAUAGCUGGGCCACUUAUUAGGUAAAGUUUAUUUAGUGUCCAAAGAUUGUUUAUGUUGAUGUAUGGAAAAGAGCAUGAUUUUAAAAAAUCAGUGAAAGGAUAAAAAGAAAUUCUGCUUUUCAUGUAGGAAGGAAUACAGGUAUUAAGAAAUUAUUUAAAACUUCUAAUAGAUUUUUAAGUGAUAAAACGUAUACUACCUUGUCACUUAAGUCUGCUAGGAUUUCGGUACCCUAAAAUAUAUUAGAAUAUGUCACUGCUAAUUUUUAUUUCUAUAUAAAAAUAGCACAUUAUUUUAUCUGUUAUUUGAAAUUUUACAUUUCUGGUUACCAAAGUUCAU